AUGGCGGAAGGAAAGGAAGCAGCUGGCGAGGGCCAGGCCACGGGCUGGACCCCGGAAAUGGAGAACGAGUCCAUGUCGAACUACCUCUUGAUCAUCUGUGGUGCCGUGUCGGUCGCUCUUAUCAUAUGGCGCGUCACAACCAGCAUCCAACGAUACGUCCGACACGUAUCGAGUUUGACAAACGACACCCAACGAUACUUCGCCAACCCUUCGUCCAAGUUUUCGUGGAUCAAGAAGAACCUCCUCUAUUCUCCUAUGUUCCGAAAGCGCCACAACCGCGAGUUUCAGAUCAGCAGCGCCAUCAACGUUGGUACGCUGCCAACGAGAUUCCAGUUUCUGUUCCUGGUCGGAUAUGUCGCCACCAACGUCGCCUUCUGCGUCGUUAAUAUCCCUUUCGCCGAGAGCUUUGAGGAUGCCGCCAAGCAGCUGCGAAACCGGAGCGGGACGCUGGCCACGGUCAACAUGAUCCCCUUGUUCGUCAUGGCUGGAAGGAACAACCCGCUCAUCGGUCUUCUCGGUAUCUCGUUCGAUACGUUCAACCUGUUGCACCGCUGGUUCGGCCGCAUCGUGGCACUGGAGGCUGUCUGUCACACUGUAGCCUUCUGGGCUGGAUCUGCGGCGACGUCGGGAUGGGCCGGCGCUUUCCAAACCACCUUCAAAGUCGAAUACAUGAUGUGGGGCUUCGUCGCCACUGCUGCAUUCGUUGCAUUAUGUUUCCAGGCCUCGAGUAUCUCAAGACACGCGUUCUACGAGUCGUUCAAGAUCAUGCACAUCGCACUCGCGGCCCUCGCAAUUGUCGGACUCUGGUACCACUUGGAUCUUAAGAAGCUCGAAGCCCUGAAAUGGCUGGUUCCCGUCGUUCCCAUCUGGAUUAUCGAAAGGUUCCUCCGCUUCGCUCGUGUCGCAUACCACAAUAUCGGCAGCGGUGGCACCAAGACCCUGGUCGAGGCUCUACCAGGCAAUGCCGUUCGUGUGACGGUCAACAUGGCCCGCCCCUGGACUUUCCGACCUGGACAGCACGCAUACUUGUAUAUGCCGACUAUCAGUUUCUGGCAGUCGCAUCCGUUUUCGGUUGCGUGGAGUGAGGAGGCCCAGAGCAUGACUUCGGACAAGCUGGCCAUGAACCGGCAAGACGUGCUUGCCAUGCGCAAGACCAGCAUGUCGUUCGUCAUCCGUGCCCGGACGGGUAUGACCAACACCUUGUACAACAGGGCUGCCGCGUGUCCGGAGGGUCGCCUCGUCACCCGGUGUCUCGUUGAGGGGCCCUACGGUGGAGAGCACAGACUAGAUUCGUAUGGUACUGUGAUGCUCUUUGCAGGUGGUGUCGGCAUCACCCACGCAGUGCCGCACGUUCGGGACCUGGUCGCCGGCUUUGCCAACGGCACAGUCGCCGCGCGCAAGGUUGUUCUCGUGUGGAUCAUCCAGAGCCCUGAGCACUUGGAGUGGAUCCGGCCGUGGAUGACGGAGAUCCUGUCCAUGGACAGACGGCGCGAAGUGCUGCGCGUCAUGCUCUUUGUGAGCCGGCCCCGUUCCACAAAGGAGAUUCACAGCCCGUCGUCCACAGUCCAGAUGUUCCCUGGCCGACCAAAUAUCGAUACCCUCAUGGGUAUGGAGAUGGAGAACCAGGUCGGCAUGAUGGGCGUCACGGUCUGCGGGCCGGGCGCCCUCAGCGACGAGGUGCGACAAGCGGCGCGCGCCAAGCAGUACGAUGGCUCCGUCGAGUUCAUCGAGGAGGCCUUUUCGUGGUGA